UUGACAAAUAACGGAACAGUCAAAGUGUAGAAGGCAAUGCAUGAAGAAAAAUAACCAAAACAACAUCUGGGGUUGCAACAAACUGAAAAUGCUCCCCCGGCUACUUUGUAUCAAUGAUUAUGAGCAACAUGCUAAAUCCACUCUUCAAAAGUCUAUCUAUGACUAUUAUAGGUCUGGGGCAAAUGAUCAGGAAACCUUGGCUGAUAAUAUGGCAGCAUUUUCCAGAUGGAAGCUGUAUCCACGGAUGCUCCGGAAUGUUGCUGAAAUAGACCUGUCCACUUCUGUUCUAGGACAGAGGGUCAGCAUGCCCAUAUGUGUGGGGGCUACUGCCAUGCAGUGCAUGGCUCAUGAGGAUGGGGAAGUUGCAACUGUGCGAGCCUGUCGGUCCCUGGGAAUUGGCAUGAUGCUGAGUACCUGGGCCACCUCCUCAAUUGAAGAAGUGGCAGAGGCUGGUCCCGAGGCACUUCGCUGGCUGCAACUGUACAUCUACAAGGACCGUGAGAUCACCAAGCAGCUAGUGCGGCGGGCAGAGCGGAUGGGCUACAAGGCCAUAUUCGUGACGGUGGACACUCCUUACCUGGGCAACCGCUUUGACGAUGUGCGUAACAGAUUCAAGCUGCCACCACAACUCAGGAUGAAAAAUUUUGAAAGCAGUGAUUUAGCAUUUUCUCCUAAGAAAAAUUUUGGAGACAACAGCGGACUUGCUGCAUAUGUAUCUAAAGAAAUAGAUCCAUCUAUCAGCUGGGAAGAUAUCAAAUGGCUAAGAAGACUGACAUCACUGCCUAUUGUUGCAAAGGGAAUUUUGAGAGGUGAUGACGCCAGGGAGGCAGUUAAACAUGGUUUGGAUGGGAUCUUGGUGUCAAAUCAUGGGGCUCGACAACUCGAUGGGGUGCCAGCCACUAUUGAUGCUCUGCCAGAAAUUGUGGAGGCUGUGGAUGGGAAGGUGGAAGUCUUCCUGGAUGGGGGUGUGCGGAAAGGCACUGAUGUUCUGAAGGCUCUGGCCCUGGGUGCCAGGGCUGUGUUUGUGGGGAGACCGAUCAUAUGGGGCUUGGCUUUCCAGGGAGAGAAAGGUGUCCAAGGUGUCCUUGAGAUACUAAAGGAGGAAUUCCGGUUGGCCAUGGCUCUGAGUGGGUGCCAGAAUGUGAAAGUCAUCGACAAGACAUUGGUGAGGAAAAAUCCUUUGGCCGUUUCCAAGAUCUGACAGUGCACAAUAUUUUCCCAUCUGUAUUAUUUUUUUUUUCAGCAUGUAUUACUUGACAAAGAGACACUGUGCAGAGGGUGACCACAGGCUGUAAUUCCCCACUUCAAUACAAAGGGUGUCGUUCUUCUCCCACAAAAUAGCAAUCCCUUUUAGUUCAUUGCUUUUGACUUUUCAAUGGGUGUCCUAGGAACCUUUUAGAAAGAAAUGGACUUGCAUCCUGGAAAUAUAUUAACUGUUAAAAAGAAAACAUUGAAAAUGUGUUUAGACAACGUCAUCCCCUGGCAGGCUAAAGUGCUGGAAAACAAAAGAUAGCCUUUGGUAAAAUUGGAGGUAGUGAAUGCUUAGGUAAAAAGAUAACGAUCUCACUGUGUGUUAACCGGCAUUGUGUUUAGACUUCUUUAUGGCAGUGGUUCUUAAAUUGUAAGCUCAGGUUCAAAGUGUUGCAAGUGCCUGGUUCACACCAUGGAGAAGGUAUCACUGGAUGGAACUAGAAUGGAUGGUGGUGAUUUGUGAUACUUCUUUGAAUGUAGCUUUCCAAUCACAUCUUCAAUGUCUGACUGUUUUAUGAUAUAUAUUGCUUCUUAAUCAGAAAGAAAUAAAGGAUUGUUUUGCAAAGAAUA